AUGAUGCAGCACCGAAAGGACUUCUCCACCCUGAGGGGCCUCAAAGUGCUCGUGGCCAGGCGCCGCAAGUUGCUGCAGUACUUAGGCUCUCGAGACUUCGACCGGUACGCCCAGGUGCUUCGCCUGCUGAACCUGAAGCCCGUCUACCUGCCUGGCAGCAUGGAUUUGCUGCUGCCGGAGCGCCGCUACUUCGGGAAGCCAAAAACAGAUAAAGACAAAAAGAGAAAAGAAGCGGCGCUGAAGAAGGCCAAGGCGCUGAAGGCCUUGAAGGAGAGGCAGGAGAAAAGGGCUGCUGAGGAACGCCGGCAGCAGCAGCAGCUGCGGGUUCGGCCCUCUUUGCUGCAGAAGAUUUUUGAAUUUGAGGACUCUUAA